GACUUUUCUCUUCCAAAAACAAUGGAAAAUAGAAAUGUUGCCUUGACUAGAAACUUUGCCAUCUGGCAAUUGAAACAGCAAUGGAAUGUAUCGCCACACAGGAGGACUGCUUACCUGAUCUCCCAGCAGCUGAAUCCACCCCUCCUUCUGGGAAGAAAUGGGGAGGGAUGAGCUGGUGAGGAGGUCAGCAUGGUGCAAAUGUACUGGAGGAUCUGAUCCCAUGAUCCUGCUGGCAGGUUUCAACUGCACCUGCCCCUCUAUCACCCCACCCCCAAUUACUCUUGCUAAGUAGCAGCAACUCAGCUGUCAAGAGGUCAGGUGAGUGCUGCUGCCCGCCAUGGCACACACUACUGAGCGCAGCUAGGGGCAAGAUAAAACUUUGCCGACUGGAGAAUGCUGGUUUCUUCAUGCAAUGAGAAACCAAAGUAAAUGGGGGUGGACCUAUGAAUAUGUGCACUAACAGAGAUAAUUCUCCUGUUCCCCUUGUAGGCCAUGUCUUCUAUGCUUUUCGCAGGUGGUGAUGAUCAGGAAGGUGGUGGUGGUGCUGCGGGAUUGCUUGAGAAGUUUUCGGCAUUGGCCCCUAUGCUAGCUGGAGGUGGAGGUGAUGGCGAGGUAGGUGGUGGAGGGGAUCCAAUGUCCAUGCUUGGAGGUGGCGGCGCUGGCGGCUUAAUGGACAUGCUUCGAAAGGGUGGCGCUAGUAAACUAGCGGCAUUGGCCCCUAUGCUAGCUGGAGGUGGAGGUGAUGGCGAGGUAGGUGGUGGAGGGGUAAGGCACAAUCCUUUUUCAUUGCAGGGCAGAUCUUGUCAUGAAGUCAGACGUCAAUGUGAAGCAUCAUCACCAUCACCUUAUUCUGUACAUGACUUGCUUGUUGAGGGAAACCACCAUGAAACCAUGUGUUUAGCCACCCCCUUCCCAAACCAUACUCAUGCUCCUUCUGGGUUCAAUUAA